AUGGUCGCCUCAGUUAUAUUCUGCGCCCCUCCGCGUGUCGUCGAUACAUUGGCCGAAUGUGUCGAAUGUGUCGUUGCUUCGUUGGCCGCACUGACUGCUCAUACGCUGUGGACGCGCGGCGAGCUCAAAAUGUUGCGAGAGCACGAUGUUGAUGACUUGUAUAUCAUCAACCUACACUACUCGAUUUUGAUAGCCUGCGGUAUUUACAGGCUAUAUUCCCCAGCUGCUGAUGUUUGA